AUGCAGUCAGACAUGUUUCCUAAUGAGAUCGCGGCUCUAAAACAAAAGCGUCUGGUAACGAAAAACUGUCCGCUCUCCGUUCUCAAUCCUUAUAUGAACGAGGAUAAACUUAUUCGUAUUCGAAGAAGACUUCGUCGAGCUUGUCUCCCUGAAGCGAUGAAGAAUUCUGUCGUCUUACGCGCACACGCGCUGUUGGAACUUAUUAUCCAGCACCAUCAUCUUACAACGUUGCAUGCCGGUUCUCAAUUAACGCUCGCGUCAUUGCGUCACGAAGCCUGGAUUCUCCGCGCCACCGUUCUUUACAAGUGCAUACCAUGCACGCGUGAUCGCGCCGACGUACCCGUCGAACUCAUGGGUGACCUCCCGGCUGCGAGAAUCAACCGUACCGCUCGCGCCUUUGUCUAUACCGGCGUCGAUUACGCAGGUCCGAUCGCUGUCCACACGACUCCCAGUCAAGGGAAUAAAUCACAAAAGGCUUAUAUUGCUUUAUUUGUCUGCCUCACGACCAAAGCUCUGCAUUUGGAGCUCAUCAGCGAUUACACCUCUACUACUUUUAUAGUAGCGUAUCAACGACUUAUUUUGCGCCGAGGACUAUCGACGUCCAUGUAUUCCGAUAACGGAACCACGUUUCACGGCGCCGAUCGCGAACUGUCAAACGCACAUGCAAAAGCCAUUCGAAAUCCUAACUUCCGCAACCGACUCACAAUCGACGGAACUGCGUGA